AUUCAGAGGAGGAACACGUACAAAACUGCUCUCAAGAAAAACGUGUUUUAAACAAUCAAAAUGGCCACAAAUGGUACAUCUGAUCCUGAAAGAGGAGAAACAGCAACGUGUUUAGCAAAUACAGAAGGAGAUAAUGACAAUGUAUCCGAGAAUGAAGAGGAAGAAAGGCCGAGUUGGGACAGUAAAGUUCAGUUUUUGAUGUCAGUGAUUUCGUAUGCUGUUGGAUUAGGAAAUGUUUGGCGGUUUCCAUAUCUGUGUCAGAAGAAUGGAGGAGGAGCUUUUCUCAUCCCAUACUUCAUAAUGUUAAUAGCAGAGGGUAUCCCAUUAUUUUACCUCGAACUCUCAAUUGGACAAACUCUACGUAUGGGAAGUGUAGGAGUAUGGAACGAAAUCCACCCAUAUUUGGGUGGUGUUGGUUACGCAAGUACAAUCGUAUCAUUCAUCGUUGGAUUAUAUUAUAAUGUGAUCAUAAUGUGGUGUUUAUGGUACUUCGCUAACUCCUUCAUGCCAGUGUUACCCUGGGGUGAGUGUCCCAUGGAAAUGAUCGAUAAUGUAACGUCACAGAUUGUCCCUGAAUGUGCGGCGAGUGAUGCGCCAUCUUACUUUUGGUACAGGGAAACGUUGGAUAUAACAAGUGGGAUUGACGAGGCUGGCGGACUAAAGUGGAAACUCCUGCUUUGUCUGUUGGGAGCAUGGCUGGUCGUGUAUAUAUGCAUGUGUAAAGGAAUCAAGUCAUCGGGCAAGGUUGUGUAUUUCACAGCUACAUUCCCAUAUGUCGUCCUGAUUAUAUUCUUCGGCAGGGGUGUCACGCUGAAGGGGGCUGGUGCGGGGCUUCUACACAUGUUCACACCAAGGAUGGAAAGGCUCGCUGAUCCUGUUGUAUGGCUUGAUGCCGCUACCCAGAUUUUCUAUUCCCUCGGCCUGGCCUUUGGGGGCCUCAUUGCAUUCGCCAGUUACAAUCCACCAAAGAACAACUGUAAACGUGAUGCUAUUCUUGUAUCAAUCACAAACUGUACGACAUCUAUCUUCGCAAGUAUCGUGAUAUUCUCUGUCCUUGGAUACAAAGCUACAUCUUUGUAUGACACAUGUAUAGACAGAAAUAUUGCCAAGAUAACAGCCGAGCAGCCCCAUCUAUGGAACAACGAGACGAUACUCACGCCAGCUUUAUAUGAGCGCCACUAUGCAGGCAAUUCUACCAAUGCAACACUACAAAUGAGCAUAGAUCUAAAAUUAGAGAAAUGCGAUCUACAAGAGAAUCUAGAUUCAGCUGCAAGUGGGACUGGUCUAGCAUUCAUGGUGUUCACAGCCGUCAUCAAUCAGUUCCCCGUGCCCCAGUUCUGGAGUGUGAUCUUCUUCCUGAUGUUGUUGAGCUUGGGCCUGGGCUCACAGAUGGGAACUCUUGAGGGGGUGGCGACAUCUAUCAGUGACAUGGCCUGGGACAAGUACCCCUGGAUGAGGAAGAAACCCAUUGUUGCAGGUAUCCUAUGCCUCGUCUCUUUCACAGUAGGUCUUAUCUUUGUCCUUGGAAGUGGAAACUACUGGCUGGACUUGUUCGAUUCAUUCUCUGGGACUUUCCCGUUGAUGACAGUUGCAUUCUUUGAAGUCAUUGGAGUCGUCUACAUAUAUGGCAUGGAAAGCUUCACAGAAGACAUUAAGUUUAUGACAGGUGCCAAGCCAGGCUGGUAUUGGGUCAUCACUUGGCGCUUCGUGUCUCCAAUCUUAAUGUUCAUCGUCCUCGUUGCCAGCAUUAUCAGUAAACUCGUCAAGCCAAUCACAUACAGCGCUUAUGACAAAGAAACUGCAUCACUCGUUGACAAAUACUACCCAUGGUGGGCUAGCCUAUGUAUCUGUUUCCUGGUUCUCAGUUCUAUCCUAUGUAUCCCUGGGGUCGCCAUUGUUCGCAAAAUACAGGAUGUUUUGUAUUUGCGCCGUAACAAAGGUGAACCAGGAGAAAUGCAGCUGCCACCCCUUGAUGAUAUCGCAGAGGAGGGAGAAAAAGAUUCAGGAAUGGAUCUGGAAGCCAUAGAUGAUGAUGAUGUAUUUGAAGAAGGAAAAGUUUUAGCAAAUGGUAAAUUAACCUUUGACAAACAGAGGACGAAAUCAGAGGCAGGGGAGCCAGUGGCUCCAAAGCGAGCAAGAAUAUUAUCAGAUGGUGAAAGGACAAGAUAUAAAUCUGGAGGAACUGCUUCAGAAUUAUACAGGACUCGUCAUAAAUCGGGACCAGGGGUGUACUAUGAUCGUAGAUCAAGACAUAUGUCAGGAGUCUCUAUGCGUUCGAGACAUAGUGUAGACAGUCAAGGGAAUCCUCAGAGACCCCCUCUUUAUAGAAAUAGCUCUAGGUUAUCCUUUAGCUCCUUAGGAAAAUAACCAGAUUCCAUAAAUAGGCAAUUGUAUAAAUAAUAACCAUGUGUGUCAUCAGAGUAUUAAAGUGUGGAUAUUAGAUACUUAGUGAAUUCGAUCCAAAUUAGAGAAAUUCAACAAUUCCAAGCGAAAAUGCGAAAUGACUUCUUCCUUAUAAUGCUUUAAUCCAGGAAUUUAUCAAUUUCUCACUUUGAUGGAUUUGUCAUUGAAUUUCAAUAAAAUGGAUGAGACAAUGGUCAAUUGGCAAGGGGGAUUGGCUCCCAGCGUUUCAGUUCGACAUUCUGCCAUAUAUGAAGAUGUCAGGAUUACCAAAUUCGAAUUGAAACAGUUACCAAUUUGUUCACUUCAGAAUUUGAA